CUAGACUCUGCAGUCCCAGCCCCCCUCUUCUCAGAGCUCUCCAGAAAGUUCUGCACUGUAGCGGCGAUCCAUAUAUAAGAACCAGCCAUCUUCCUUCAGCAGCCUCAGUAACACUCGAGCGAAAGCGACCGUAGUAACAACGCCUGGCAAGUUAUCACCAUGGUUCACGAGACCGGCUACUACGAUCUCUUGGGCGUCAGACCCAACGCCUCAUCGGAGGAAAUCAAAAAAGCUUACAGAAAACUCGCACUGAAAUAUCACCCUGACAAGAACCCCAAUGAAGGAGAGAAGUUCAAGCAUAUAUCUCAAGCAUAUGAGGUGCUGUCAGAUCCACAAAAGAGAGACUUGUAUGACCAAGGAGGAGAACAGGCAAUGAAAGAGGGAGGCAUGGGCGGAGGAACUUCCCCAAUGGAUGUGUUCAACAUGUUCUUCGGAGGUGGGGGAAGGAUGCACAGAGAGAGAAGGGGAAAGAAUGUUGUCCACCAACUUAGUGUUUCGCUUGAGGAGAUGUACAUGGGAGCCACCAGGAAGCUUGGACUUCAAAAGAAUGUAAUUUGUGAAAAAUGUGAUGGUUAUGGUGGGAAGAAAGGUGCCUUGGAGAAGUGCUCAAGUUGCAAAGGAAAAGGAGUACAAAUUAAGGUGCAACAGAUUGGGCCAGGCAUGAUUCAGCAGAUCCAAAGCAUGUGUGGAGACUGCCACGGUCAGGGCGAGAAAUUCAACUCAAAGGACCGCUGCAAGAACUGCAAUGGGCACAAAGUAGAACGCAAGAAGAAAAUUCUUGAAGUUCACAUCGACAAAGGUAUGAAAGAUGGUCAGAAAAUUACAUUCAGUGGAGAAGGUGACCAGGAACCUGGACUGGAACCAGGGGAUGUAAUCAUUGUGUUGGAUCAGAAGGACCACCCAGUUUUCCAGAGGCAAGAUGACAAUUUGAUAAUGAAGAUGAAAAUCAAACUUGUUGAGGCCCUGUGUGGGUUCAGAAAGACCAUUCAAACAUUAGACCACAGAGCACUCAUCAUCACCUCAAAGCCAGGCCAAGUAAUCAAGCAUGGUGACAUCAAAUGUGUUCAGAAUGAGGGCAUGCCCAUUUACAGGGAUCCUUACGAAAAGGGACAGCUCAUCAUUCAGUUCGAUGUGGAAUUCCCAGAUAAAGGCUGGCUCCCAGAGCAUCUCAUGUUCCAGCUGGAAAGACUGCUUCCUCCCAGGGAGGAUGUGAUGUUGACUGACGACAUGGAGGAGGUGGAACUCUGUGAGGUGGAUGUGCGGUCAGAACGGAAAAACUACAGUCGAGAGGUUUAUGAGGAAGACGAGGAGGGUCCAAGAAGUGGAGUGCAAUGUCAGACGCAGUAAUCAAUGUCUAAUAAAAAUAUGUUGUGUGUAGUUAAAUGGGUGUUUUAUUUGGAUGCUUUUUUUUUUUUUGUACUUUUUUCUGUGACAGACAUGCCUUUAGGCACUGUAGAUUUGUAACAUUAAGUUAAAACUGUUGCCAGUGCCAUUUUUUUCUGUCGACUCUGCUGGGACCUUCAAGUGGAUUACUUAUUUCACAUUUUACUUGUUUUCCCUAAGUUAUCAAAACUGUUACUUUGGUGUUGCUGUUUUAAUAUGUUCUAUUUAAGAUCCACAUCUUUUUAAAUGUACAUGUUUCCUAAGAAAUCUGUGGCACAUAUUUUUCCUUUUCAUUCAGAAAGGCCAACUUCGUAUACUUUCUGUGAAGGUAAUUUCAGUCAUGAAAAACAUUUUUCUCAAUAAAGGUCUCACAAAUGCUUCAA